AUGAGCAACCAAAUAGCUGCUAUCAAUGAAUCUGAUGUGCGAAGGAUCACCUCGGGACAAGUGAUCGUGGACUUGACAUCAGCGGUCAAAGAAAUACUGGAUAAUAGCAUCGAUGCCGGGGCAGACCAGUUUGAGUGCGUAUUUAAAAACUAUGGAAUGGAAUCUUUUGAGUGCAGUGACAAUGGUAGUGGGAUCUCUGAGGAAAGUCAUGCAGGCUUGGCCUUAAAGCAUCAUACUUCAAAGAUUUCCACGUUUGAGGACGUCUCCCAAGUCACUACACUAGGAUUCAGAGGCGAGGCACUGUCGUCUAUCGCAGCGGUUGCUAAUCUUGUGGUCACUACCACCUCGAGGGCUCCAAAGGCUGCAAAGUUGGAAUUCAAUUUUAAAGGUGAACUGGUCAAAUCUACUGUUACGUCGCGAAAUAAAGGUACUACCGUACACGUCUCACAGCUAUUUAACACUCUGCCUGUACGCAAGAAAGAGUUUACUCGCAAUCACAAACGGCAGUUUAACAAAUGUAUCUCCCUUCUACAGCAGUAUACUAUCAUUCAAGACCGAAUGAAAAUCUCUGUGUGGCAUAUCACCAGCAAUGGACGCAGAACGCUCGUCCUAUCAUCAACCAAAGAUCAGGGAAUCCCGAAAAGAAUUGUCGGGGUAUUUGGGUCAACGGCUAUGCAGGGUCUAACUGAGAUCAAACUUGAUCUCGCUGUGAGCUCGAGCAAGACCUGGGCAUCGCAGGCAUUCGCAGAAGAAGAGGUUGAAGGUUCACCGUGUUAUAAUAUUCUAGUCACGGGCUACAUCUCAAAGAAUUCACUUGGAAGUGGAAGAAAUACCAAGGAUCGUCAAUAUGUUUAUAUCAACCGACGGCCCGUGGUGUGCCCCUCUCUCCUCAAGUGCUGUAACGAAGUCUAUCGUACACAUAACAACGUCCAGUUUCCAGUCUGCUUCCUCAAUUUCGAAGUAAAUCCCAGCUUUCUCGACGUCAAUGUCACACCUGACAAGAGAACUGUUCUUCUUCAUAGUGAGAAUUUGGUGAUUGAUGCGCUGAGGGACGGUUUAACAGAAUUUUACUCUCAACAGGAGAUGGUGAUGCCAGUCUCGGCGGCUUUCAGGACAAGAGGCACUGCUCAGGAACCGGAUUUGAAAAAGCCCAAAAUCAGUGCAGCGAGCCAAGAGCUGAACUUUGAAUUUAGCCACGACGAAGAAGAGAUGCAAUCUACAAUCGACGUCACUGAAAAUACGGGACCCAAGCAAACGAUAACUGCUACUUUGGAUCGAGAGAAUGAUGUUGAUACGGAUGUCCCAAGUAUUUUUGUCCGAGAUCCAGAAGAUUCUGAGGAAGUUCAAACCGGUAAAGAAACCUCCAGCACAGCACCUUCUCAAAGUGACCAUCAACUCUCACCCAUAUCAAAUGAAGAGCGAGUCAGGACUAGUGAGAAUCAGGUUCAGAACCAGAAACCAAUAGAAGUAUUCGAAAAUCCUUCGAGUAGAAAAGACCCAAGUCUACAUGUGCAGGGGCUGGCGCCUUCGGGCGAGUUAUUAACUGAAGGCGAUAGGGUCGAAGAAAGCGCCAAGAAAACUCGAGCCAAUCGCUUGAUAUUUCAAACGCAGGAUGCCGAUAGCAACUUGAAUGAAGAAUCGUGUACAUGUUCAUCCGCAAAUGAAGGGAGCUUAAGUGAUGACGAAUUAGGAGCAUCUCACCCGAACCCACCUUUCCGCUUGGCCAGACGUGAAAGUAAUAUAUCCAUGGAUGAAAUGGGUCAAAUCAACUGCACUCCAGCGCCUAUACCGCUACCGCGGGCCAGUUUGGCGAACUCAGCACAAAAUUCUGGGCCGGGUAUUUUCGCUACCAGCUUGGCAGUCGACCCUAACGACUUGAUUAGUUCCUUUGUCCAUGAAACGAAUUUGAUACAGAAACAAAAAGUAAGGAAGCACAAGAAUUACAUUCAAAAGAAUGAGCAGCUUGACGACUUUGAUCAAGGUGAGAAGUACUUGACGCUUUCAGUGUCGAAGGCAGAUUUCAAGACUAUGGAAAUUGUGGGGCAAUUUAACCUCGGCUUUAUACUGGUGACUCGGUGUAUCGGUGAGAAGUUUGACCUAUUCAUCGUCGAUCAGCAUGCAAGCGAUGAGAAAUACAACUUCGAGAUGUUGCAAAGAACCACAGUUCUCAAGAGUCAGCCAUUAAUUGCCCCUCAAACCGUUGAAUUGAGCGUCAUGGACGAACUUAUAGCCAUGGAAAACUUGAGCGUUUUGGAGAAAAACGGUUUCAAGCUCGAAGUGAAGGAAGAUCAGCCACAGGGCACCCGGGUAAAGUUGGUGAGUCUGCCAGUAUCCAAAAAAACGGUAUUCGACAUGAAUGAUUUACACGAGCUGCUGCACUUCGUGAAAGAAUCAGACGGGUUGAAUAAAGAUGCUGUACGCUGCUCAAAAGUACGUUCCAUGUUUGCAAUGCGUGCCUGUCGCAGUAGUAUUAUGGUGGGAAAGCCUCUGUCUAAGAAAUCCAUGGUACAUGUCGUUCGAAAUCUGAGCGAACUCGACAAACCAUGGAAUUGUCCCCACGGAAGGCCGACUAUGCGACACCUAUUGGAGCUUCGCGAUUGGAAUGCAUUUGAUGAGGACUACGCCUUAUAA